CACACUUGUAGACUGAUGGAUGUUGAUCUGGUGGAAACAGCUGCAAUCAACUGGACUUGGUGGAAACAACUAGAAGAGACAAGCCUGAUGGAUGUGGAUCUGGUGGAAAUAGCAGCUGCAGUCAACUGGACUUGGUGGAAACAACUAGAAGAGAUGAGCCUGGUGGAUGUGGAUCUGGUGGAAACAGCAGCUGCAGUCAACUGGACUUGGUGGAAACAACUAGAAGAGACGAGCCUGGUGGAUGUGGAUCUGGUGGAAACAGCAGCUGCAGUCAACUGGACUUGGUGGAAACAACUAGAAGAGAUGAGCUUGAUGGAUACUGAUCUUCCAAGAUGUGGAAACAGCAGCUGCAGGACUUGAUGGAAACAAAUGGAAGAGCUUGAUAGAUCAGUUGACCCUCCCAAAAGAUAUACCACAAUUACUGUAGAUAACUGACACUGAUCAGGUAUAGGACACAGCCAUCAUCCAAAAUCUUCUUAAGGUGCGCAUGAUGCAACUUCAUGGUGUGUAGUCUGUUGGUCUGUUUGUCAACAUGUGAAACCCAUGUGUAUUUCAGGG